AUGAUUGAUACCAACACCAGCUUUGCUGCGCUCGCAGUCACAGAUCAGCCGCCAGCCUCGAACACCAUACAAGAUGAACUGCAGGAGAGGAGUCUUCUCAUCCUCUAUGCAUCCGAGACUGGGAAUAGUCAAGACAUAGCCGAAGAACUGGGGAGAAUGGCCCGGCGAUUGCACUUCCACACAGACGUCGAGGAGAUGAACGAUGUCACAACAAACAUGAGGAGUGACCUGGUACACCGCAACCUGGUCAUCUUUGUCGUCUCCACCACUGGACAAGGAGAGUUCCCCAAGAAUUCUUCCAAGUUUUGGAAGAGCCUCUUGAGAAAGAAACUCCCACCAAACUACCUGGAAGGGGUCAACUUUGCGUUACUGGGCCUGGGGGACAGCUCAUACAGAGAGUUCAAUUUCGCAGCGUUGAAGCUGAGAAGAAGAUUGAUUCAGCUUGGCGCAGAGCAAGUGUUUGAGCACGGUGAAGCAGAUGAGCGACAUGACUACGGAGCUGACAGUAUCUAUCUGCCCUGGGCUGAGAAACUGAAGACAUAUUUACAAUCGCAUUAUCCUCUGCCUGAGACACUCCUGCCGAUACCAGAAGACGCACCGCUUCCGCCAAAAUACGUCUUGCGACUGAGGCCAACCAUGGCGCAUUCGACCAAGCAAAUGGGUGCCACCACAUCACCAGCAACGGAUGACGAGGUCUUCCUUGCAAACCGUGAUAAGAGUGCUGUUCUAUCCCACAUUGACGACCCCAGAACACCCCAAGAACAGUUCCAGGCCGAUUGGGAGCGCUCGCAUGGUUCCUCCACCAAUGUUGCCCAUUUCGCCCGACUCGACGAAUUGCAAUCCGACCUUGCAUUGGGUGGUAGACGAGUGGACCUGCUCGACAAGGACAAUGUUCUCAAAGAUCAUCCUUCUAAAUAUCUCCUCCACAAGUCACCACCCACCCCUCGAAACGGCUUGGACCACAGACUGCUGCCCAUCCCAGGCGGUCUUAUAGCCGAAGUGACCGAGAAUCGGCGAACGACUCCCACAGAACACUGGCAAGAUGUUCGCCAUCUGCAGCUCCUGGUCGAAAAUCCGGAGGAUGACAAGGAUCUGAUCCCCUUCCCAGGAGCAACGGUCACCAUAUACCCCAAAAAUUUCCCCGAUGACGUGAGUAACCUCAUCGAUCUGAUGGGCUGGGCGGGUGUCGCAGAUACACCAGUCGAGUUCGACCUCCUUUCGCACAGUCCAUCCCCCGACAAGACGACGCUGGGGGUGAUGCCGAGAAACCUCAUUCCACCACCCCACGCCACCAUUCGUGAUCUGUUGACGCAUAAUCUGGAUAUCACCUCCGUGCCGCGUCGGACCUUCAUCGAGAAGAUCUCUCACCUGGCGACGAAUCCGUUGGAGAAGGAGCGCCUGGCCGAGCUGGUCAAUCCGGACAAUUCUCAAGAGUUCUAUGACUAUACCUCGCGCCCCCGCCGGACUAUACUCGAGCUCCUGCACGACUUCCCAUCGGUCAAGAUACCUUUCUACGAGAUCCCCGAUUUCUUCCCCAUUAUUCGGGGACGGGAGUUCAGCAUUGCCAACGGUGGUGACCAUCUCGUCGCUGCACCGCCUGGAACGUUGAACAUUGAACUACUAGUCGCCAUAGUAGAGUACAAGACCAUCAUCCGCAAGCCCCGGCAAGGUCUGUGCUCCAGGUACAUCCAGGCGCUCUCACCUAACGAUCCUAUCAUGGUGACUCUCAACAGAGGCAAACCGCCCCCUUGUACGGACUCAGAUGCCAUGCGACCUCUGAUCGGCAUUGCGACGGGGACGGGCAUUGCUCCGAUCCGGAGUCUGAUCCACUACCGUCACGAGCAGCACAGGCAUGCGUCUGUCCUGUUGUUCUUCGGCUGCCGGAGCCGUGAUGCAGACUAUCAUUACGGAGAAGAAUGGAAGAGGACUAGUGGGGUCACGCCCAUUCCCGCAUUCUCUCGAGACCCAAACGCAGUAACCGACUUCCAGACUGCCUCGUACCUGGUUGAGCUGCCGGCGCUGCCUGAAGACUCAAAGGAUGGCGACGCGGAUCCUCCUCCGUCAAUCCUGUCCUCGGACAUAAUGGCAGUCACACCAACACGUGGCAAGAACUACGUCCAAAACCAGAUACGUAGCCAUGCCCGGGAGAUCUGCAAGUACAUUGACCAGGGUGCCAUUAUCUGCCUGUGUGGCAACAGCGGCAACAUGCCCAAAGCCGUUCGCGAGGCGCUGACCGAGGCGCUGGUCACUGGUGGGCUGUGCAAAGGUGCUGCAGAGGCGCAUGCCUAUGCCAAGCUGCUCUUCAACAACAAGCAUCGCUAUUGGGAGGAAACGUGGUAG